GUGGCCUUAAGGGCGGCGCUGGCCCCGGCUGUCUCAGUCGGCGAGUCAGCCGGCUUGGAGGCGCGACCCGGCGCUCGCGCGGCGACGACGGCCAUGGCAGCCGAGGAGGAGGAGGUGGACUCGACGGACACCUGCGAGAGGUCAGGAUGGCUAACCGGUUGGCUUCCUACCUGGUGCCCUACAUCUACAUCACACCUUAAAGAAGCUGAAGAGAAAAUUUUAAAAUGUGUCCCCUGCAUAUACAAAAAAGAACCUGUUCGUAUAUCUAAUGGAAAUAAAAUAUGGACACUGACGUUCUCUCAUAAUGUUUCAAAUAAGACUCCGCUUGUCCUCCUCCAUGGUUUUGGAGGAGGUCUUGGACUCUGGGCACUGAAUUAUGAAGAUCUUUGCACCAAUAGACCCGUCUAUGCUUUUGACCUGCUGGGCUUUGGGCGAAGCAGUAGGCCCAGGUUUGACAGUGAUGCGGAAGAAGUGGAGAAUCAGUUUGUGGAAUCCAUUGAAGAGUGGAGAUGUGCCCUGGGAUUGGACAAAAUGAUCUUGCUUGGACACAACCUGGGUGGGUUCUUGGCUGCCGCUUACUCACUGAAGUACCCAUCAAGGGUUAAUCAUCUCAUUUUGGUGGAGCCUUGGGGUUUUCCUGAGCGACCGGACCUUGCCGAUCAAGACAGACCAAUCCCAGUGUGGAUCAGGGCCCUGGGAGCAGCACUGACUCCCUUUAACCCAUUAGCUGGCCUCAGGAUUGCGGGCCCCUUUGGCUUAAGUCUAGUGCAGCGCUUAAGGCCUGAUUUCAAGCGGAAGUACUCCUCGAUGUUUGAAGAUGACACUGUGACGGAGUACAUCUACCACUGUAAUGUGCAGACGCCCAGGCCAUUCUUGGGGCAGGGCAUUAUGUAUAUGCGGAUCAACCGGAAGACUUCAACCAGAAAGUCAAGGAGAUCUGUGACACCGUGGACUGAGCGCACUGAUGAGGCUGUGGGGGCCCUGCGGACCGACGGACACCGGGCCCCAGCAGGGCGCACGGUCUGCCAUGCAGAGGGAGGGUGCAGCAGAGCGCCGGGCGGCUUCUGACUGCCCUUCAGACAUACUGUCUGUAUGAAGCUCACACAUUGAAAUCAGUAGUGCCUUCUAGAAGAACAGCUUUCCUUUCUCCUACACAACGCUGAAAUAUUCAAGAGUCUCCAAGUCUGAUAGCUUUAAUAAAAGGUUAUUUGUCCCUCUGCUGUACUGAAAAAUUGUAAUUUUUCAACUGAAACUUUUUUCCUUUCUAUCUAACUUUGCUGUGUUGGGUACUUUUUGUAUUUCAGUCUAUAUCGGCAAUUAAAAAAAGUGACUGUUGGGUCUAUAAUUUUAUAUACUGUAAAGGUGCACUUUAUUUCCUUUGCUUUACCAUGUCUAAUAACUGAUCUAGUUAAUCACAAUUUCGUGUGUUUUUGUGUAAAAAUUUAUCACUUGUUUAGAAUCCUUCAGUUUGUUUUUGAAAUGGAGUGAUGGUGAAACAGCAUUUUGGUUAAAAAGAUGGGAACUUAUCACCAGCGUGAAUUUUUCUGAUGCUCCUCUAUUCCCUACUGAAGGCUGCACGGUCACGUUCAGCAUUUAAGUGUGGCUCAUCCUGAUGUAUCUUAAACAGCGCAAUUCCUUGAAAUCUCUUAUAUGUGAUAUAACUGUAUACUUACAGGGAAACAUGAUACUAAUACUUAAGUGAUUUAAGUACUGCAAAGCCUUAACUAAUUCUCUCCUUUCUUAAUACUCUUUUCUAUGAGCCAGCUGCAGCACAAGGAACAGACUUCCUUCUGAGGGGAUGUUAAGACUUACCUUCCAGUAAGCCAUCAUAUAUUGUCAUUAACAUCUAACUCUUGUAGAUGGGUGCUAAAACUGGAUUACGUUUUUAGCCACUGAAAGAGACAAAUAGGUGGUUUGUCUGCACAAUAGGUGUAUCUCAUACAAAUGAGAUAGCAUGCGACUGUUGGGGUUUGUUUUCGUUUUUGAGGUUUGUGUUGAUGAAAUCAUACACAUACUUGAAGUUAUCUUAUAAGAAUUAUGUAACGUUGAUUGAACUAUUUGCCAAUAACUACCAUCAAGUAUAAUGACACUUUUCUUGCUGUUUUAAAACGAGGAAACUUUGAAACUGUGAAAAUCACCAUGUGGUAACUGGCUGCUGAGAAGACCCUCCGAAAGAGAACGUUGAAUCGAAUUGUCCGCAACGAGGCGUAGUUGCCUUAUGUUUUGGUGACAUUGCUUGUCUAGGAGAAAGGUGGCUGUGUAAAUAGAAACAGUGAACUGGAACCUUAAUAAAGGCUUAAUGGUUUCGACUGUUGAAGGUUUUAAAUGAUUAAUUAGGAAAUCUGUAAUAGGUUAGGAAACGUAAGGUUGCAUCACUUAGAUUAACUGCCAGAAAGACCGAAUGUUCUAUUUUCAACAUGACCUUCUCUACAAAGGAAGAGGCAAAUUAUACGGAAGCACAACAGGUAAUUCCCAGCCAGCCCUGUGUCUGACGAGGCAUCUAAACCAGGUUGUGCAGGAGGGCACCAGAGGGCCAGGGCCGCUGUCAGACCUCUCUUCCUAGCGAACAAUAGUCGUCUGUAGUUUUCAGUUCGUGUCUUUGAGGGCUAGCUCGAAUCCUUUAAGUGGUACAGUUUGGGGAGUAUUUUUGACACACUCCGCAGGCCCUCUUAAUUGGUAAAUGAUAGUUUUAUACUGUACCGGAGGCUUUCUGUGAAGGAAACUUGGUCCCAACCCUUGGAGGCAAGUUACUAGUUCACUUCAUGGACGGAGUUUCUGGCCACAGAUGUGCCAAAUGAUUCGGGAAAAAGAUGUUCUCAGACGUCAAGAGGAACUAUCAACUGAUUUUGCUUUAUUUGAAAAAUACUGUCAUAAUUCUUAAGAGGUAAAUCUUGGGGUCUACACUAUGUAAUCUUGUGAAUACUGAGCUGGCAGAGAAGGUCAUAGUCCUCAAAAUUCCUGAAAAUACAGUGGGUGCUAAAUGUUCUCUAAAAAAAUCCUGUUACAGUAUUUGAUCUCUGCUAAAUUAUGCACAAUGUACUUUAACUUUAUUUUACAGAAUAAAUUUUAACUGUAAUAGUUGCAA